CCCGAUCACCAACCCCACAAAACGACAAAGCGCACACUAUACCCGCGUAUCCUAGUAUCAGCCGCAGCACAAUCGUGUGUCCCACAAUUCAGUUCAAAAUUAAUAGCAGAGUUUAGGGUUUCUCUCUCAUGUAUCUGCAUUUUGAUUCUGCUUCAAUCAGUAGUUGAGAAAAAGGUCAUAUACGCACAUUCAUGUGCAGAGGUAAAGUGUGGAGUGUAAAGAGAGAGAAUGGUGAACCCAAGGUGCUACUUGGACAUUAGCAUUGGAGGAGAGUUAGAAGGGAGGAUUGUGGUUGAGCUUUACAAAGAUGUUGUCCCCAAAACCGCCGAGAACUUCAGAGCUCUCUGCACUGGAGAGAAGGGCAUUGGCCCCAAUACCGAUGUUCCCCUCCAUUUCAAGGACUCAUGUUUUCAUCGCAUUGUCAAAGGCUUUAUGAUUCAAGGUGGUGAUAUAUCUGCUGGGGAUGGCACUGGUGGAGAAUCCAUCUAUGGCUUGAAAUUUGAAGAUGAAAAUUUUGAGUUAAAACAUGAAAGAAAAGGAAUGUUAUCAAUGGCUAAUGCUGGUCCCAACACCAAUGGUUCUCAGUUUUUCAUCACUACUACCCAAACUUCGCAUAUUGAUGGAAAGCAUGUUGUAUUUGGCAAGGUAAUCAAAGGAAUGGGAGUGGUUCGUACAAUUGAGCACGUUACUACAGGAGACAAUGAUUUUCCAACUCUUGAUGUUAUAAUAAAAGAUUGUGGUGAAAUUCCUGAGGGUGAAGAUUAUGGGAUAUGUAACUUCUUCAAAGAUGGUGACACUUAUCCUGAUUGCCCAACUGAUCUUGAUGUCAAACCAGAUGAAAUUUCUUGGUGGAUGAAUGCUGUAGACUCCAUCAAAGCUUUUGGAAAUGAACAAUACAAGAAGCAAGAGUAUAAAAUGGCUCUCAGAAAGUAUCGAAAGGCUCUACGCUACCUGGAUAUAUGCUGGGAGAAGGAAGACAUUGAUGAAGAGAAAAGUCAAUUUUUAAGGAAGACGAAGUCUCAGAUAUUUACCAAUAGUUCUGCAUGCAAAUUGAAGUUGGGAGAUUUAAAAGGAGCACUGUUGGACUCAGACUUUGCAAUUCGUGAUCUAGAUGAUAAUGCAAAAGCUUUGUUUCGCCAGGGUCAGGCACACAUGGCACUUAAGGAUGUUGAUGCUGCUGUUGAAAGUUUCAAGAAAGCAUUAGCGUUGGAACCCAAUGAUGGUGGUAUAAAAAAGGAGCUUGUUGCUGCCAAGAAGAAGAUUUCUGAUAGACGUGACCAGGAGAAAAAGGCUUAUUCAAGAAUGUUCCAGUAAAGUUCAGGCUGCCAUGUGGCUGCUUGCUGCAUGAGCAACUCGAUUCUUAUACAGACAUUUGCAUGGUAGCUUAUACAGACAUUCGCAUGGUAGCUUAUACAGACAUUGGUCAAGCUUUUUAGUUUGCAGAUUUUGACUGGUUUAGGAAGCAUCAGGGUUUGUUACAGAGCUGUAGGAAAUUUCCAGAUCCUUUGGAGAGAACAUCAUCGGAAGGUUUUUGAGAGAACAAUGUCAGGUGGUCAAUGUUUGAGCUAAAUUUUGUUCAGAACAUUUUUGUUGCUGUGAAGCAAACAUUGUAGCUGGAAUUAAAUUGGUAGUUGAUGAAUAUAUCCAAGAUCAAGCAAACAAUCUUGUUAUCUUUCGUACAAGAAAACUUCUUAUUUGAACAAAAAUG